UCCUCGCUCUCGGCUCAGCCCCUCAGUCCAUCCAGCCGCCCGGCGGAUCAGCGGCGCCUCCCACUUGGCACUUGAGUCCGCGCCACGCUCGCCGCUGCCGCCGGGAUCUGGAGCCCCGCGCCAUGGAGCCGGCCUUGGGCAGCGAGCGCCGCAGCCCCCCGGGCCCCGCCGUCCCGCCGCCGCCCCAGGGUCGAGCUCCCUCGGCCGCCGGCCCCAGCACCGGCCCGCUGAGCUCCCCGGCGCGUGAAUCCGAGGAGGAGCGGCAGCCGCGGAUCAGCGAGAGCGGCCAGUUCAGCGACGGGCUGGAAGACCGAGGCUUACUGGAAAGCAGCACCCGGCUGAAGCCUCAUGAGGCCCAGAACUACAGAAAGAAGGCAUUGUGGGUGUCUUGGUUCUCCAUUAUCGUCACGCUGGCCCUUGCUGUGGCGGCGUUCACUGUCUCCGUUAUGAGGUACAGCGCCUCUGCUUUUGGGUUUGCAUUCGAUGCCAUCUUGGACGUCUUGUCAUCGGCGAUUGUCCUGUGGCGUUACAGCAACGCAGCUGCUGUGCACUCUGCCCAUAGAGAGUACAUAGCCUGUGUCAUCCUGGGGGUGAUAUUCCUUCUGUCAUCCAUAUGUAUAGUGGUCAAGGCCAUCCAUGACCUCUCAACCAGGCUGCUACCAGAAGUGGAUGAUUUCCUGUUCAGCGUUUCCAUUCUAAGUGGGAUCCUUUGCAGCAUCCUGGCUGUGCUGAAGUUUAUGCUGGGGAAGGUUCUGACCAGCAGAGCACUUAUAACAGACGGCUUUAACUCCCUCGUGGGUGGCGUGAUGGGCUUCUCCAUUCUUCUGAGUGCGGAAGUGUUCAAGCACAACUCGGCAGUCUGGUACCUGGAUGGUAGCAUCGGGGUGCUGAUUGGCCUCACCAUAUUUGCCUACGGGGUCAAGCUCCUCAUCGACAUGGUGCCAAGGGUAAGGCAGACGCGUCACUACGAGAUGUUUGAAUGAAGGUGGCCAGUGUGGUCCCCAUCUGCAUGAAGAUUGUCAAGGUGGCUAGAGGCUUCCAUGUAGGCAGACGGUGCCAACAUUUGACUGAACAUCCAGUUUUUUUUUUUUUUUUUGAAGUUUUCUUUCUGUCAUCACAGGCCAAGGUCUGCCUAGGGGUGGAUCUGUCUCACACCCAUCACAUACAUUACGUUAGCCAGAGGAGGGGCCCCACUUCCCUAGCUGGCGCCAGAAACGACAUUUUCUAUAUUCUAGAGUAAGAGUUCUCAUGUACUGGGUAAGAGCCCAUCCGUGGUGCUCUAAGUCUGAAACAGACCUGUCCACCUGACAAGGUCCACCUCUCUGUAGUGCCCACAGCCCUCCCACCCCCGUUCUGAAGUCUCUCCUGGCAGAUUUUAAGGGAAGACCGUGUCCCUCAUCCCUAUACAAGCCCCAAACCAUCAGUGUUUCCUUCCUGAUUUCUAUCAAUAUACUUCAUUAGUUUCAUACUGUUUUACUAAUCCUAAACCUAAACAGAUUUGUUCAAAAGGAGACCAUUCUAUUUUUUAAAGUACUUAGUGAUACACGUAUGAGCUUUGCAUGGACGAGCUAAAAUAAGCACAUAACCCUUUCUCAUACGUCCAGAACCUGCACAUCCAUGGAAAAACAGGAUCCAUUUUUGAGAGAUAUGAAACGACAGUUUAUUUGUAAUAAAUAAUGAUAUAAUCUGUAUUUGCAUAUAUCUAUAUGCUGUGUUACGUGGUAAUGGUACAUUACAUUGUGAGAUGGUUUACUCCUCUGUAAGGAAUGAGACGUUCUCAUUGAUGUCACGUUAGGUGUAGACUCCGUAGACGCGUGCCCCUGCCCUGCAACAUUCUGUACCUCUCACAGUACUGCCUGCUGGGCAGCAGUGUCUGGACAAUAAAGACCUUUACCUGUUUUGUAUGGUAUGGGGAGGUCCUCUUUUGAGCGCUGUCGCUGUGUAGCUGCAACACAUGGUACGAUGUCUCUACAGUCCUUGUCCUGAGUAGGUCUUCCAUGACAGCACAACUUGGAAGGGGGUGCUUGUGCCUGGGGUGGGGGGUGAGAGCCCCAAGCAUCUUUGCUGGGCUGUGGAAAUGGGCUUCCGGUCUCUGUAGCUCCUGACACACUACGGGGAGCUGGAGGCCCUGGGAGGCCGACCUCGCCUGGAACAGGGAGGUGGCCACACCGCCUCCAAGUGGCUAACAGAAGGCAUAGUUUGAAUAUCCCUGAGAUCCAAAAAUGCUUUUCUGGGAGCCAACAUGAUACCCCAAGGGGAAAAAUCUCACAUCCUAGGUCCUGUGAUAGAUCAGUCACAACACAGGUACAACUAAAGAUAAUGUGUAUGGGUACAGUGCAACUUAUACAUGAAACAUCGAUUCUGUGUAUUAGUAUGUCAUACUGAAAGAAAUCGAUUUCCCACUUAGGCUUGGGUCCCCUUCUCUAGAUGCGUCAUGCAUAUGCAACUAUUGCUCAAUCCAAACCUAUCCCGGGCAGGUCAGUGAGGACGAUCUACACUGUUGUUUAAGGUCAAAGCUGCUCCAGCGAGUCUUCCGUGAGAUAGUGCCAUGUUAUGCACGCACAGAGAAGGCCGAAUGUUUGGGUUUCUUUUCUGCAGGGUUUCUCGCUGUAUUUAAUAUACAUUGUGUGGGUGCUGGGGCACAACUACGACAUACCUUUCCCCAAACAGAGGCAUUCUGCAUUUUGCCUGUUUUAGAACCUUUGCCUACCAAAUGUGGGAGCCGCGUGGUACGUCUGUGGUGGGCAGUGCCGGGAAGUCCUCUGGGGCUGAGAGUCAACCCACAGCAGCUACAGACCAGCAUGGUGGAAAAGGCUGGGGCGAGGCCUUCUUGAAAAUGUUUUCUUUCCCCCACAGAGAGAAUGUUUCGGGCCUCACAGGUUCUGCUGAUCAGCAUCCUCAGGGCCACGAUACUAGCCUAUUCUCAAAGAUUUUUGAAUGUUUGGUGCAGGCAGUAUCUCUCU